AUGAAUCUUAAUCUUGGUAUUUCGAGCUUGACUCUAUUGCUGAUGGACAUCAGCGACAAUAAUGUCAGGUGUAUGGGACCAUGUUUUGAUACGUCCCCAAAUAUAUGUCACGGCAGUGAAGAAUACGUCCCGGGUAGAUCAAUUUAUAAGACCUAA